ACUUCCUUCUCACUCUCAUCUUUCAUUUCGCCUGCUAGAUUCUUGGCCUGUUCACUGUUGGAGCUCGGAAAAAUGACAACUGACCCAAACCCUAACAAUGGCGGAACUCAGGAGGAGGCCUCUUUGAAGGUUCCCUCCAAGGACCGCAAGAAGAAGAAACACGAGAAGGAGGAAGAUCUUUCGGAAGAAGAUUUAGCCUUCAAGCAGCAGUUGGAGCUCUAUGUUCAGAGAGUUCAAGAUCCUGACCCGGACUUGCAGAGAGUCGCCCUCGAGUGUAUGAGGCAAGAGAUAAAAACCUCAACAAGUUCCAUGCCUUUAGUUCCAAAGCCACUGAAGUUUCUUCGUCCUCAUUAUGGAACUUUAAAAGCAUAUUAUGAUGCAAUGAUAGAUUCCCCUGAAAAAAAAUACCUAGCCGACAUACUUUCAGUUUUAGCUUUCACUAUGUCGGCAGAAGGAGAACAGGUAUGUGAAGUUGCUUCAUAAUGUUAUUUCUAGUUUGAAGUCAUUAAUUCCAAUAUUUUGAAAAUGGAACACCCAAUGGAGUUUGUGUGAACUCUGUUAAAAAGAAGAGAGAGAGAAAGUGAGAAAGAGACAGAUAAAAAUCCUUGGUGAAAAGAACUCCAUUGUCA